GGCGGGUCGGGGGGCGGCCGGCGGCGGCCGGGGCCGGAACGAUGACUCUGGAGUCCAUGAUGGCGUGUUGCCUGAGCGACGAGGUGAAGGAGUCUAAGCGCAUCAACGCGGAGAUCGAGAAGCAGCUGCGGCGAGACAAGCGCGACGCCCGGCGCGAGCUCAAGCUGCUGCUGCUGGGCACGGGCGAGAGCGGCAAGAGCACGUUCAUCAAGCAGAUGCGCAUCAUCCACGGCGCCGGCUACUCGGAGGAGGACAAGCGCGGCUUCACCAAGCUGGUCUACCAGAACAUCUUCACCGCCAUGCAGGCCAUGGUCCGCGCCAUGGACACGCUCAAGAUCCUCUACCGGGACGAGCAGAACGAGGCCAACGCGCUGCUCAUCCGGGAGGUGGACGUGGAGAAGGUGACGACGUUUGAGCACCAGUACGUCAGCGCCAUCAAGACGCUGUGGAACGACCCGGGCAUCCAGGAGUGCUACGACCGGCGGCGCGAGUACCAGCUCUCGGACUCCGCCAAGUACUACCUGACGGACGUGGACCGCAUCGCCACCUCAGGCUACCUGCCCACGCAGCAGGACGUGCUGCGGGUGCGCGUGCCCACCACGGGCAUCAUCGAGUACCCCUUCGACCUGGAGAACAUCAUCUUCAGGAUGGUGGACGUGGGCGGGCAGAGGUCUGAGCGCCGGAAGUGGAUACACUGCUUUGAGAACGUGACAUCCAUCAUGUUCUUGGUGGCCCUCAGCGAGUACGACCAGGUCCUCGUGGAGUCGGAUAACGAGAACCGCAUGGAGGAGAGCAAGGCGCUGUUCCGGACCAUCAUCACCUACCCCUGGUUCCAGAACUCCUCCGUCAUCCUCUUCCUCAACAAGAAGGACCUGCUGGAGGACAAGAUCCUCUGCUCCCACCUGGUGGACUACUUCCCCGAGUUCGACGGCCCGCAGCGGGACGCGCAGGCUGCGCGCGAAUUCAUCCUGAAGAUGUUCGUGGACCUGAACCCCGACAGCGACAAGAUCAUCUACUCGCACUUCACGUGCGCCACCGACACCGAGAACAUCCGCUUCGUGUUCGCGGCCGUCAAGGACACCAUCCUGCAGCUGAACCUGAAGGAGUACAACCUGGUGUGACCGGCGCGCUCCGCCGUGCAGAGCAGGAGCAGGGGCAGCUUCUCCCCACCCGCGCCUCCCUCGGGCAGCGGCCGCCUUGACUUGGGGCUCGACUUUUUUUUUUCUAAAAAAAAAUGAGAAAAACAAAAGAAAAAAAUGAUACAGCUGAGAUGCCAGUGUGCCCGUGCCCAGGACACUGCCCCUGUCCCCGUCGCUCUGCCUGCGUCGGGGCGCGGUGCAGGCCUGGAGCCGGACUGCCUCGUCCUCCUGUUAAGUUAUUGUGCCGGCAGCCCCGCGGCCCCCUCUGGACUCCAAGAAGUGGGGGUGGCGGCACCGGGCUGCCCACCCUGGGAAGUGCCUAAUUUUUUUUUUUCUUUUUUGAGGAAAAGAGUAAAACAAAUUCACCUGGCUUCGUGGGUCUCAGAGACCCCCCCCCCCAAGCCCAUUACGGUGCCCGAGUUGCUGUGCCCACUGUCCCUUUAGGGGGCUCCUGAGCCCCCAAGCCUGGGUCCCACGCAAGCCAACCCAGAGAGCCCCAGCCAGGGUGGCUCCGGCAACCUGCGGGGACAGUGGGCACCAAAGGACUGUCCCAGCCGCGCGGUUCUGGGACUCCGGGAGAUCGCAGCCUCUGUGUUCCUUUUUUUAACACAAUUUUUUUUAUUUCUGGGUGUGACCGGUGUGGCACCCGUGGUUGUGGGGUGGGGACGUUUUCAGGUUAUUCUCAGGUCUGUCCCCGAGAGGCGGAGAGAGCCAGGACCCUGCUGGUGGCUCCUCAAGCAUGUCACGGCCCGGCGCGUGCCCCUGCUGAGCCGCAGAGCCAGGAGCCGGCACCUGCACUUUGGCUGAGGGACGCAGUGGCGCGGCGAGGGGCCGGAGCUGGCCGGGCUGCGCACCGAGCAGACGGAGGGCCCCGCCCUGGGCGCGGAGGCCGGGCGCCUGGGACCCGGCGGAGGGGCCUUCCCUUCUGUCGUCCACUGGACACGACACUACAUAGCUUUGUUUUUUUUUUUUUUUUUUUUUUGCACACUUGUACUGGGAACAGAUUGCCAGCGAUUCCUUUGACCGGCGUCUCUGUGCCCACCCUGUGCCCUCCCCUCGGCCCGGAGGGGAGAGGCGGGGACGGGAGGCAUUGGAAGGGAGGGGGCCUCUGUCCCUGCGACCAGCCCGGGGACCGCGUCCUCACGCAGGCGCCUCCUGUGCCCGCAGGGGCCCUUGCGCCGUGUGCCCACCAGGGGUUCUGUGCCAUACCGUCCCUCUUGGGGCCGGAGCGGGGCGCGCAGAGCCGUGUCCACACAGCCCAGCAUCUCGCCGUCGCAGAAGGGAAGGGCACUUGCGGCUGUGGCCCCGAGCCAGCAGUGUUAGGCCUUCGGGGGGCCCGCCUGGUGGAGAGGCCCGCCGUGCCAAGCGCCUGGGAGCGCGGGCGUCCUGGGAGAGCCCAGACCGUCGUCCUCGAAGCAGUGCCAACCCUGGGCCCGCUGCCCUCUGACCACAUCUGGCCCCGGGUCCGCGGCCCGGCCACAGGGAGCCCGAGCUCCGGGGCUCUCCCCGGACGUCCCGCGCCAGCGCUGGCACCCGAGGCCGGCCAGCCAGAAACGUGCCCUGGUCGCGCUUGUAUAUUACACAGUCCUGACUUCAGAUAACCUAAACCUUCACCUAUUUAAGAAAGAAUAUUCUCUAAGACGUUUUUAAACCUCUCAUCGUUGGAGACGCAUGUGCCGAGUGGUGGGUGACAGGGAGGCGUUGAAGUGCAGUGGCUUCAGCCCCCCCCCCGGGGGGACGCGUGUCUGCAUGGCAGGCCGGGUCCUGACCCGAAAAUCCACAGGUCCCUGAGGGAAAUCGACUUUUCGUAUCUUUCUCUUGAAAUGAACUGUUUUAAAUUGGAAUAAAUUUUGUUCCUAAA